AAACGCAUCCUUUCACACUCAGCAAAGCAAGAAUCACCAGCUGCUGCGAAAGUCCACCCCCACUCUCCUUCUCCUGCUCACGAUUCCUCCUUUUCAUGGUGGUGGAAGAACCCCAAGUAGAGAAGAAGCUGAUUGGUUCCCCUCCCUCCUUCCUCUGUCGUCGUCAUCGUUACUGUUACCUCAGCUGUCCGCCAUUUGCUGAAAUUCGAUCCCCGCGGCCCCUUUUCGUUGGCCGAUCGAACCCGUAUCUCCUCUCUCUCUCUCUCUCUCGCCUUUCCAGAGUCCCAUUCCCUGGAGCUCCGUCACCCCAAUUCCCUCGAAUAUUCAUCCCUUCUUUCUCCCCUCACUUUUCCUCUGCUAUUUAUGCCGCUGUGUUUCGGCCUGCCCUGUGUCGCGAUCCCGCUCCGAUUCAAUUCGUCUCAUGCUUUGUCUCAGCCGGGUAAUUGUUUUCCCCUUUGUUUACUCCUUGCCAAAUGCCCAUUUAACGAGUUCACCUUCACGUGUCUAUAUGCUUUCGAGCUGGGCAUCAUCUACACGGAUGAUUGACGCCUUGGACAUUAUAAAGGAGGAACCUUUCCUUGAUCAGCAUUGCGUUUCGGAGAAGUCUCAGUUGAGGAGACAUGAGUAACCAGAACAAUAACUAUGAUGAAAACAAUCAACAGGUCGAUAUCGGUGCUAUACUACGCAAAGGAAGGGAAAUUCUUCUUCAGGGUUUCAACUGGGAAUCUCACAAACACAAUUGGUGGAGAAACUUGGAGCAGAAAGUUCCAGAUUUAGCAAAAUCUGGAUUUACAUCAGUGUGGUUGCCACCUGCGACUCACUCUUUUUCUCCUGAAGGCUAUCUUCCGCAAAACCUGAAUGACUUAAAUUCUUCAUAUGGAUCUGAGCAUUUACUGAAACAACUACUUCAAAAGAUGAAGCAGUACAAAGUUCGAGCGAUGGCUGAUAUAGUCAUCAACCACCGUGUCGGCACCUCUAAGGGACAUAAUGGAAUGUAUAAUCGUUAUGACGGAAUUCCACUAUCAUGGGAUGAACGUGCCGUCACAUCUUGUACGGGUGGAUUGGGCAGUAAAAGCACAGGAGACAACUUCAACGGGGUACCAAACAUUGAUCACAGUCAACAUUUUGUUCGGAAUGACCUCAUAAAGUGGAUGCAGUGGCUACGGAGUGUUGGUUUUCAAGAUUUCCGCUUUGAUUUUGCGAGGGGAUAUUCACCGAAAUAUGUGAAAGAGUACAUUGAAGGUGCCAAACCCUUAUUUUCUGUUGGGGAGUAUUGGGACUCUUGUAAUUACCAUGGUCAUGAAUUGGACUACAAUCAAGACAGCCACAGGCAGCGGAUCAUCAACUGGAUUGAUGGAACAGGACAGCUUUCAGCUACAUUUGAUUUCACAACUAAAGGAAUUCUUCAGGAAGCUGUUAAAGGACAGUUCUGGCGUCUGCGUGAUGCACAGGGGAAGCCGCCUGGUGUUAUGGGAUGGUGGCCUUCAAGGGCUGUGACUUUCCUCGAUAAUCACGACACAGGUUCCACUCAGGCUCAUUGGCCUUUCCCACGGAAUAAUGUUAUGGAGGGUUAUGCUUACAUACUGACUCACCCGGGGAUUCCAGCUGUCUUUUAUGACCAUUUCUAUGACUGGGGCAACUCUACGCAUGACAAAAUCGUGAAACUGAUUGACAUUCGAAAGAGUCAAGACAUCCACAGCCGAUCAUCAAUCCAGAUCCUGGAGGCACAGCCGAACCUGUAUUCGGCAAUGAUUGGGGAGAAACUGUGCAUGAAGAUCGGGGACGGUUCAUGGUGCCCUUCGGGCAGAGAAUGGACGCUUGCCACAUCCGGCCACCAAUACGCUGUCUGGCAAAAGUAAUACAAAAUAGCUGAGUCAUAGCUGUUUAGCUAUUACAAAUAUUAUAUGAAUGCAUGACAAGGGAGCAGAUGCUGAAUCGGCGAAACAGAUCUGUUGUACUUUGUGUCGCGAUUCUAUAUCCUCCCGAAGAUGAAUUGUAGUAGUCUACUUAGCAUAUUUAUAUACGAAUAUGUAUGCAUACGAAUACAGCCUAUAUCUAUGUAGAGAUGGAGGAGAAUGCGAAUAAAUUAGCUCCCUAAUAUGAAUUUUGAUGGAGCCACGGUAUGUCUGUGGAAAUAAAGAAUAAUUUUCAGCA